UCCAAAUACAGUUUUUCUUUUUCCCUCAUUUUGAUGUUGAUUGUUACGGUGUGCUGUAAUUUUUUUUCUCAAUUUUACAAAAAAAUCUAUACUUUCUCGUGUAGAUUCUAGUCAAGCCUUUUCUUCUAUUUCUUAAAAUUUAUCAGGCAGUUUUAAAUAUGUUUUGGGGACUUAUAAUGGAACCGCAGCGGCGGUACACUCAAAAGGUGAAGAAAGCAUUUCAUAUUUCUAUGGCAGCUUUAGACUUAUCAACAUCUUCAACUGAACCUGCCCAAGUAAUGUGUGGAUUCGAAGGUAGAAAUUAUCUGUUGUGCACAUUGAAGAAACCAGAUGUAUUGCAAUGUCCACUGAAUCUAAAUUUUGAUGUUGGCAGCGAAGUUUCUUUUGCAGCCAAUGGUCGAUGUCAUAUACACCUGACUGGUUAUUUAAAUGAUGAUUUUGAAGAUCUGGAAGAAGAAGAAGUAGAGGAGGAAGUCGAGGUUGAGGUGCAGCAAGAAACAUCCCCUAAACCUAAGAUUAAACGACCUAUAAAAAGUGUAGAAAGUGGACCACCCAGCAAAAAGUCUAAAAAUGGAGUCGUUACCAGCAGCCAAGAUCAAGAUGAUGAAGACGACUCGGAUAACAGCGAUUACAUUAAGAGUCUGCUUGGGAAGUCUUUGGAUGAGGAUGAGGACGAUGAAGACAGUGAUGUGUCUGUAGACGAAGAGGAUGAUGGCGAAGAGGGAGAAGAAGAAGAAGAGGAUGAAGAUCUGGAGGAGGAAGAAGGUGAAUCGUCUUUAAGUGAGGCAGGCAGCGGUGAAGAAGAAGAAGAAGAAGAAGAAGUGGCUAAACCGAAGGUGAACGGCGUGCCUGGUUCCAAAAACGGCCAAAAUGAAUCACAGAAAAAAAAGAAGAAUAAGAAGAACAAAGAGAAAGAAACGGAACCGGUAAAGAGAUUAUCACAACAGAAGAACGAGCAGAAGAAGGAAGCAAAGACUCCCAAUAAGGAAAAUCAGACACCCAAGAAGAGAUCGUUGCGAGGUGGUGUAAUUGUGGAAGAUAUUAAGGAAGGCCAGGGUGCCCCGGCGAAGAGUGGGAAGUUUGUCACUGUGUUCUAUGAAGGCAGGCUAAAGCAAAAUAACAAAAUGUUUGACUCGACGACGAAAGGUUCUGGCUUCAGUUUUCGCCUGGGCAAUGGUGAGGUAGUCAAAGGAUGGGAUGUUGGAGUGGCAGGCAUGAAAGUUGGGGGCAAGAGGAGGAUAACGUGCCCACCCGCUAUGGCUUACGGUCAGAAAGGUUCACCGCCCACCAUUCCUCCUAAUUCAACAUUAGUGUUCGACGUAGAACUUAGAAAAAUUAAUUAAAACCAUCGUGAAGUAUUAUUAUUCUUUUUAUUCAUGUACGUCUUUAUUCAUGUAUGUCAAUUGCUACAGACAAGGCGGCAGUGACUUUUUCACGAUUUAUUGUUUGCCGAUUAUUAAGAUCUUUUAUUUUAAUUGAAUUUAUGUUAGGUAUUAUUGUUACUGGAUAUAUUGGAACGUGUAAGUGCUCUAAUUUUUUUUUAUAUUUACCCACUUUGAUUAGUUAUUUGUGAAUCGUUUGUUUUAAAUUUGGAAUAAACUAUUUUUCAGUA